ACCAUGCCGCGGGGGCGGCCUCCAAAACCUGGCGGCAGAGAAAACACCCAAGCAGCCACCGAGUCAGAUGGUGUUCUAACACUGAAUACAGAAAACAAUAAUUACACCCCACAAGUAUCAAAUUUCCGUAAGUGUGAGAUCUGUUUUCUGUCUUUUUCAAAAGACACACCAUUCCAGCGCCACAUGAGGGAUCAUGAGCAAAAUGACAAGCCUCAUCGAUGUGACCAGUGUCCAAUGUCGUUUAAUGUUGAAUUCAACCUUACAUUGCACAAGUGUACCCACAAUGGACAAGACCCUACUUGUCCAGUAUGCAACAAAAAAUUCUCCAGAGUGGCUAGUCUUAAGGCUCAUAUUAUGCUCCAUGAAAAGGAAGAGAAUCUUAUUUGCCCAGAGUGUGGAGAUGAGUUUACUUUGCAGAGCCAGUUGACACUACACAUGGAAGAGCAUCGUCAGGAAUUGUCUGGAAGCAAAACCCAUAUCUGUAAAACAUGCAAGAAAGAAUUUGAAACUUCUUCCCAAUUAAAAGAGCACAUGAAAACUCAUUACAAAAUAAGGGUAUCAAAUACCAGGUCAUACAACAGAAAUAUCGAUAGAAGUGGGUUUACGUAUUCAUGUCCACACUGUGGGAAGACGUUCCAGAAACCAAGUCAAUUAACACGGCAUGUUCGAAUACACACAGGUGAAAGACCAUUUAAAUGUAGCGAAUGUGGAAAAGCGUUUAAUCAGAAGGGGGCAUUACAAACUCAUAUGAUUAAACACACCGGUGAAAAGCCCCAUGCCUGUGCCUUUUGUCCUGCAGCCUUUUCUCAGAAAGGCAAUCUUCAGUCACAUAUUCAGAGAGUUCAUUCAGAGGUGAAGAAUGGUCCUACAUAUAACUGUACAGAGUGUAGUUGUGUCUUCAAAAGUUUAGGCAGCUUACAUACUCAUAUCAGCAAGAUGCAUAUGAGUAGUACGCAAAACACAGCAAGCUCUACGACAGAGACAUCUCACAUUACAACGGAGUCUGUGGCUCAGCCUCUGACAUUAACAACAGUUAACUUGUUGCAGCCUGUUGAUAAUAAAUGGAAAAAUACAGAAACUCCAGUAACUUCUGUUUCAGGACAUCAGGGUCAACAGUCUGUAACGGAUGUUAUUCAGCAACUCCUUGAACUGUCUGAGCCAGUGGAAAAUAAUCAGACCCAGCAAUCUGGUCAACAACUUAGUAUGGCUGUGGGAAUCAAUAGAGACAUUUUGCAGCAAGCUUUGGAAAAUAGUGGGCUGUCUUCAAUUCCAGUUUCAUCAAAUGCUGACUGUACUGAGAGUAAGAUACAAUCAAGUCAGGAUGAAAAUGUAGAUGUUCCGAAUCUUUCCAGUCAUCAGGCUGACUCUAGCAAUACAGAACAAGUUAAAGAGCAAGAAAACCCAGAUAAAGUGGAUAAAAAAGAGAAGAGAGUUCUGAAGAAAAAAUCACCAUUUUUACCUGGUUCCAUACGUGAGGAGAAUGGAAUAAGAUGGCAUAUUUGUCCAUACUGCUCUAAAGAAUUUAAAAAACCGAGUGAUCUAGUACGACACAUUCGCAUUCACACUCAUGAAAAGCCAUUCAAAUGUCCACAGUGUUUCCGGGCCUUUGCUGUGAAGAGUACCCUUACAGCGCACAUAAAAACACAUACCGGCAUUAAGGCUUUUAAGUGCCAGUACUGUAUGAAAUGCUUUUCUACCUCAGGAAGUUUAAAAGUACAUAUUCGUUUGCAUACAGGAAUUAGACCUUUUGCUUGCCCCCACUGUGAUAAAAAGUUUCGAACUUCAGGUCACAGAAAGACACACAUUGCCUCUCACUUUAAACAUACUGAACUAAGAAAGAUGCGACAUCAACGUAAACCUGCUAAAGUUCGAAUAGGAAAGACCAGUGUUCCAGUACCAGAUAUUCCUUUGCAGGAACCAAUACUCAUCACAGACUUAGGUCUUAUCCAGCCAAUCCCUAGAAAUAGCCAGUUCUUCCAAAAUUACUUCAAUAAUAAUUUUGCGAAUGAAGCAGACAGGCCAUAUAAAUGCUAUUAUUGUCACAGAGCAUAUAAAAAGUCUUGCCAUCUUAAACAACAUAUCAGGUCUCAUACUGGUGAGAAACCAUUCAAAUGUUCUCAGUGUGGAAGAGGUUUUGUGUCUGCUGGAGUGCUAAAAGCACAUAUCCGGACUCACACUGGAUUAAAAGCUUUCAAGUGUCUUAUAUGCAAUGGGGCUUUUACUACUGGCGGUAGUCUGCGAAGGCAUAUGGGAAUCCACAAUGACCUUCGACCAUACAUGUGCCCAUAUUGCCAAAAAACAUUCAAAACAUCUUUAAACUGCAAAAAACACAUGAAAACACACAGGUAUGAGCUUGCCCAGCAGUUGCAGCAGCAUCAGCAGGCUGCUUCCAUUGAUGAUGCAACAGUGGAUCAACAGAGCAUUCAUGUUUCUACUCAGAUGCAAGUGGAGAUUGAAAGUGAAGAGCUGCAGCAAACUGAAGCAGUCACAACAGAUCAAGAAACUAUUUUGGACUUAGACCAGCAGCAGGUUGUGGACACAGAAGAAGCAGGGCUUAGGCCACAACUGACUGAUCAACCAUUAGGGCAAGAGGAAGAUAGGUUUGUGACAUCCCAGCAUGCAUUGCAAGAUAAUAUAAAUCAAUUUGAACAGCAAACUAUAGCACAGCAAUCAUUUGAUCAACAAGGUUUAUCACAAGGUUUUACAGUUACUGAUGGCUACAGUCAGCCAAAUCAAUUUUCAGCAGUUCAGCAGCUUCAGGAUUCAAGCACUCUUGAGUCACAGGCUCUUUCAACAAGUUACCAUCAACCAAAUCUGCUGCAGGUUCCUGCGGCUGAAACUAUUAAUGUAACCACUCGUCUGAUACAAGAUCAGGCACAGGAACUUGAGCUGCAUACUCAACGCCCCCAGUUUCUCGAAGAUAAUGAAGAUCAAAGCAAGCGUUCCUACAGGUGUGAAUAUUGCAAUAAGGGUUUUAAGAAAUCCAGCCAUCUGAAGCAGCAUGUACGCUCACACACUGGGGAGAAGCCAUAUAAAUGUCAACUGUGUGGUCGAGGAUUUGUUUCUUCUGGAGUUCUUAAAUCCCAUGAAAAGACACAUACAGGAGUUAAAGCAUUCAGUUGCAGCAUUUGCAAUACAUCCUUCACUACCAAUGGCAGCCUUACCAGACACAUGGCAACACACAUGAGCAUGAAACCAUAUAAGUGCCCAUUUUGUGAUGAAAGUUUCAGAACCACAGUUCAUUGCAAAAAACACAUGAAAAAGCAUCAAACUGUGUCUUCUACAGCAGCAACCAGUGGAGAAGCAGGAGCAGGAGAAGAGGAUGAUGAAAACUCCGAAAGAACUAGUUCUAGAAAAUCUAGGCCUGGUGUCAUCACUUUCACAGAGGAGGAAACAGCAGAACUUGCAAAAAUUAGACCCCAAGAAAGUGCAACUGUUUCUGAAAAAGUUCUUGUCCAAUCAGCUGCAGAAAAAGACAGAAUUAGUGAAAUAAAGGACAAGCAGGCAGAAAUGGAAGCUGAGCCAAAGUAUGCCAAUUGUUGUACUUAUUGUCCCAAAAGCUUUAAAAAACCUAGUGACUUAGUAAGGCAUGUGCGUAUCCAUACUGGCGAAAAACCAUAUAAAUGUGAUGAAUGUGGAAAGAGUUUUACUGUAAAGUCUACAUUGGAUUGUCAUGUAAAAACACACACAGGACAAAAGCUCUUUAGCUGUCAUGUGUGCAGCAAUUCAUUUUCUACAAAAGGAAGUCUAAAAGUGCACAUGCGCCUACAUACAGGAGCAAAACCAUUUAAAUGUCCUCACUGUGACCUAAGGUUUCGAACUUCUGGACGUAGGAAGACCCACAUACAGUGUCACUUUAAACCAGAGGCCAAGAAGGCCAGGAAACCCGUGCCUCGUACCUCCACCGAGGGGCUACAACCAGUAAAUCUUCUUAAUUCAUCCUCAACAGAUCCCAAUGUUUUCAUCAUGAAUAACUCUGUUCUGACAGGGCAAUUUGACCAAAAUUUGCUUCAGCAAGGUCUUGUGGGUCAGGCUAUACUUCCUGCUUCUAUGUCAGCUGGCGGUGAUUUAACUGUGUCCUUGACAGACGGUAGUUUGGCAACCCUUGAAGGAAUUCAGUUACAGCUUGCUGCUAACUUGGUGGGACCGAAUGUUCAGAUUUCAGGAAUAGAUCCUUCCAGCAUUAACAACAUUACAUUACAGAUUGAUCCCAGUCUCUUACAGCAGACGCUACAACAGGGCAAUGUACUAACACAGCAGCUGACGGGGGAUCCCAGUUUAGCUACUCAGAAUGCAUCCCUCCAAGCAGCAGACAGUUCAGUGCCAACAAAUGUGGUAAUACAGCCCUUGUCAAGUUUAUCCUUGCAGCCCACUGUUACUUCUUCGGCAAAUAUGACAAUAGGACCUAUAUCUGAACAAGAAUCCAUGUUGACUGCCAACACUGCUGGUUCACAGGAACUUUCUCAGGUUAUGACGUCACAGGGUAUGGUAUCAACCUCAAAUGGUCAACACGAGAUUACAUUGACAAUAAAUAAUUCAAGUCUGAGUCAUGUUUUAGCUCAUGCUUCCAGUUCUACUACUACAAAUUCAUCAGGAAGCCCUCAAGAAAUUACUCUCACCAUCUCUGGACAAGAUCUUAUUCAGCACAAUUCCUCUGGAGGUAAUGAAUUGAAUGGGAACCUAAGACUGACAACACCAACUAUCACUAAUCAGUCAGCGGGUGCUACAUUAACCAUCAGUAAUGAUCAACUCCUGUCUCAGAGCCCAGCACUGAACAGUACUUCAGAACUUAAUGCAUCGAGCGGGAACCUUCCUCCAACACCACCUAUGUCUCAACCUGCUCAGAAUUUAGUAAUGUCAUCACCAGGAGAUGGAGGAGAUGCUAGUGUUACCCUGACUCUGGCUGAUACUCAGAGUAUGUUGUCUGCUGGCCUUGAUGCAGUAACACUUAAUAUCACAUCACAGGGUCAGCAGUUCCCUGCCUUACUCACAGAUUCUAGUCUCUCCGGACAAAACAGUUCAAACUCACAACAAGUCAUACUGGUGAGUCAUGCACCCCAUUCAGCACCCACAAACCAUGAUGACCUAACUUAUCAGGUGAGUGAAGUUUCUCCAAGUCUCCAUAAAGGCAUUCAAGCUGAAAAGGAACCCCGUGUACACCAGUGUUUUGAAUGUAGUCAAACCUUUUCUUCAACUGCCAUGUUAAUGCAGCAUAGUAAAGAAGUUCAUGGCAAGGAAAGAAUCCACGUUUGUCACAUCUGCAAUAAAGCUUUCAAACGGGCAACGCAUCUUAAGGAACAUAAGCAGACACAUCAGGCUGGACCAUCUCUAAGUUCCCAAAAGCCAAGAGUGUUUAAGUGUGAUACUUGUGAAAAAGCCUUUGCUAAGCCAAGUCAACUGGAAAGACAUAGCCGCAUUCAUACAGGAGAACGGCCAUUUCAAUGUACAUUGUGUGAGAAAGCUUUUAACCAGAAGAGUGCACUGCAAGUUCAUAUGAAAAAACACACAGGAGAACGACCAUACAAAUGUGACUACUGUGCGAUGGGCUUUACCCAGAAAAGCAAUAUGAAGCUUCAUAUGAAGCGAGCUCAUGGCUAUGCUGGCACAGUCCAGGAAUCCACCAGUCACCAAGGACAGGAAGGUGAAGAUAUAAAUCGUGCUUUGAACUUGGAAGAGGUUGUUCAAGAGUCUUCAAAUGAAUGGCAGAGCAUAACCAAUAUUUUUUGAUGAUCCCUAAAAUGAAAGCUGGAAAUGCUUUCAGGAUUAGAUUUUUUCUAAAAAUAGUUUUUGCUAUGAAAACUUCACAUAUUGAAAAUAAGAUAAUAUAGCUUUUUAAAUGUUUACAAAAAUAAAGGACUAUUGUCUUUUUGUAAGCUUAAACAACAUUGGAGAAACAUCGGAUAAAGUUUGCUAUAUUGUCUACAAUCAGUGAUCUCAGGUACAUGAACUUGUUCAUUCUUUGAAUCUGCCAUAAGUGUAUCCAGUUUUUUUUUAAAAAAACAAGAACGGUAUCAGUGAAGGUUGAUAACUGGUUGGAAGUAUGGUAAUUCUCCUCAUUGUGUCAGUGUAUUGACUGUUUAAAAGUUGUUGCAGUUGGAAAGGAAAAUUAUUGCAGGAAUAGAUGCAUGCUGUAGAGAUUUCAUGCUAUAAUGCAGACAAAACGGCUGCAUUCCUGGGCAUAACUUGGGAUAAAUCCCAAUGAAUUCUGUGGGAUUUACUUUCAGGUAAUCAUGCAUAGGAUUGGUUUAGAAAUGUCUGGUUUUAUUUAGUCCCCUUUGAAGAGCGCUUAAAAAUUAACUGGUAUUAUGUUACACAUAGUAACGUUCAUGUUGCUGACAUGUCAGAAAAUGAUGGGCCCUGUUCCUUUUAUGUCAUGACUGUCACCCUUUAUUUCUCAAAUAGUACAUGUUGAG